AUGCCGCUCCGAGGAUACAGGAGGAGGUGCAACAGGAGAAUGGCGUGUUGCAUGCCUUUGCCGCGCGCCUGCGUCGACAGUAUGCCUCGUUACUACAUGCCCCAUUACCCCAUAUACUACCCCGACCCCCCCAAUCAACCACACGCUCCAGCGUCCAGCUCAAGCCAAUCCGACUGCUCCUGCGGCGAGGAGAACUUUUGCACGAUAGAUAGCUGCAGGAACGCACCCAUGUGCCUAAGGACGCGACCGCAGUUUUGCCCUUACGGCCUCUGCGACCGAAUCGACGGCGAGUUUCAUCGCCCGCGUAGCGCUGCCCGACGACUCAGUAGGGUUCCAGCCGAAACCGAUUAUCCACGUGGACAUUACAGCACCAGAAACGAGGCCGCGAGACCAGUCUAUCCACAAGGCGCUUCUUCUCCGCUUCAAUCGCCUUCUCCGGAAUUUAGGAGGACCGCUGAAAACCAAUGGCCUAACAUGUCAAGAUAUAGACGGGAGUUUCCCGAAUCCUCCGUACAGGACAACUCAUAUCCCCCUUUUCAGAGGUUCACUCAAACACGCUUAAGCAACGCCAUGCCACAAUUUAUGCACACGCUACCCGGACCACAAUAUUCGCAAUUACCACUGCAACCCCCUGCAUUGUACAGGCCACAAUCAGACAUAUUUCAAUCCCGAGCUCAUACGGAACAGGCAGCCUUUGCACCAUCUGCGCAAUUGCCAGCAAAUGACUCGGUUACGGAUAGCCGCGAAGCCUUUAGGGAGCACAGUCCGAUGUACUUCGACCAAUCGUACAGUCAUGUAGGCCCCGGAGAAAGCCGAAAAGAGCCGCCCCAAGAGGCCGACUGUGCAAGAGUUCGAUCUACGAAGCGUGGCGUCAAAAGUACGUGCUGCAAAAACAACACAUAUCACGACGAUGCCCCUGAUACUGCUGACGGUGCCGGUAAAUUCCCGGUCAGGUAUGAGAAGGAGGUAGACACGGGCCGAAUUCAAGACGUCGCACGGCCUACGGUGAUGGAAACUCGUGGAAAUUUUGCUGACAUUGGUUACUCUGAUCCUCCUGUACAUUCUCCGACGAUGCCGAAGCAAGCCCACCUCUGCUGUAGCCCAACGCCAAAGGCACCUGAUCUCUCUACCAGAUCCGCCACGAAGGGUAGCGUGUUGGAUCUAUCUAAGUGCCCGUGCCGUUAUCCGCCGUCAUAUAAACACCUAAGCUGCAGCGGUAACAACAGCGGCUCUUGUGAAUGCGACCAACAAAUGCAGAUUGAA